AUGGCACUUCUAUAUAACGCAGGGUGCAGUGAAUCUGAAGAAGACUUCACUAAGUGUAAGGUUAAUACAUGUUUGAUACGAGGAAGUAAAUUUCAUACAUUGCACUGUGUUCCUACAUUUGAGGAUGUUGAUGUAGAAUAUCCUUCAUAUGAUAUUUCAAAGAGCAUUUUAAAAAAUAUACUUAAAUAUGAAUCUUCUUAUAUGUCUAAAGUACAAAAAUCUAAAAUAACUAUUUUAUCAAACAAUAAGGAUGAUGGUAUUUUGUUUUUAUAUGAUUUUUAUCUUCGUAUUAAUCAUCUCGGAGACCUUUAUACGAAUAAUCAUGCCGGAACAUUUUUAUGCCGUAUUAAAACGGUAAACCAAAAAAUAACUUUAUGUGAAGUAGUGAGUUCAAAUAACAUGGGAAAGACUCUUUCAUUUCAUUCUUUUGAUAUUUCUAAUAAAAAAAGCGAAAAAAGUAAAAUUGGUUUAAAUAGUAUACAAAAUCCCAAGCACUUUGAUUUAAGACAUAAAUAUAAAGAUGUUCAUAUAAGUAGAGAUAAAUGCCAUUAUGUAACAAUUGGAAGUAGUUCGGAACAAAUUUGUAGAUACUCUAUAUGCACAAAGUAUGAUAAUGAUCACUUCUCAUGUAUAGAUGCAAAAUUUAAUGGAAAAUUAUUUCAUGUACAAAAUCAUUCCCCACAUAGUAAAGAAGAUACAGACUAUAUAUAUCUCCCAAAUGAUUGUAUAAAAGAUAAUUUCGUUAAUAAUUGUACUCCUUAUUUUUGUAAAAUUAAAAGUUCAGAUGAUUUAUAUCAAUGUGAAGGUAUAGAAAUGAGUGUCAUAAAAAAAAUAGAACCACAUUCAAAAGAAUUAAUAAGAUUAGAAAAACAUGCAGCUACACCCCAUAAAGAAUAUUCUCUUUCAUCUACUUAUAUAGCAGCAUCCUUUUUACCUUUCAUAGUUUUGUUCUUUUUUGUGGGAUGUUAUUUGUAUACAAUUUUCAGAAGAAACAGAAGAAAACAUGCUAAGCUAGUUGCUAGUUGUAUACGUACAAGUUAG